AUGGGAAAAAAACCAUUCAUCAACCGCAAAACCGCGAAACACUAUCAAUUAGUUCAUCGAUCGCAACGUGAUCCUUUGAUAAAUGAUGAGGACUCCUCUUCGAGAGUUUUUGUUGAGGUGCCACCAUCGAAUUUAAGGGGUAAAGUUGUCGAGUCGAGCGAAAUUUUAGGCGUUGGAGAGAGUCGACAGAAGUCUCAAGAACAAAUCGAAAGCAACGUAGGUCAAGCAGCCUUAUAUGGCGUAUAUUACGAUGAUACAGAAUACGAUUAUCUUCAACAUUUGAAACCGAUCGGUGCUGAGGACGUUGGUGGUGCAGUAUUCAUCGAAGCGCCGACAAGGAAAAGCGAAAAGGAAAAGCGAGAGAAAAAAAAGGGAGGCGAUCUGUCCUUCGUUAAGGAUGAAAAAAUAAUUAAUCAGAAAUCAGAAAAUACGAAAAAAGAGAAAAAAGUAUCAAUAGUUUUACCCGAAGAGGUACUACCAUCGAAAGAAGAAAUAUCAAUUGGUUAUCUUGAUCGAUCCUACAUUCCGGACGAUUUACAAGGAUUCCAACCCGAUUUGGAUCCAAGUCUUCAAGAAGUACUUGAAGCUCUUGAAGAUGAAGCAUAUGUAGAGAAUGAUUUGGGUGAUGAAUAUUUUGCGGCUCUAAACGCUGAUGGAGAAUAUCAGAAAAGCAAGAGAAUUUUAAAGAGAAAUGAUGACGAUCACGAAGGCAGCGAUCUUUAUGAAGAUGACAGGAAGUCAAGAACGACUGGUUAUUCGAUGUCAAGUUCUGUUAUGUAUAGGAAUGAUAAGCUUCGGUUGCUGGAUGAACAGUUUGAAAAGGUGGAAAAGGAAUAUAUGUCAGAUGACGACUCCGAAUCAGAUGAUGAUUCCGUAUCAUCAUUACAAAUACGUCAAGAUUUUUCGAAUAUUCUUGAUGAAUUUAUUGGAAAGUAUGAAGUUACUCGUCACAGUGUUUUUCGGAAAGGACCAGCUGACGAUGCAUUAGAAGAGAAUCAAAAACUUUCUGACCAAUAUGAAGUGGAUAGUAUUGUUGAUCGUAAUAAAUCGCAUAAACCAAACAAAGAUGAAGAACUGGUUACAAUCGAGAGUGAACAAAGUGUCAGGAAAAGGCAAGCCUGGGAUUGCCAAUCAAUCCUAAGUACAUAUUCGAAUCUCGAAAACCAUCCAGCAUUAAUACGUGAAAAACCUAGUAAAAAAAUUGAAAUCAAUCAACAGACAGGAUUACCUAUUCAAGAACGGAAGUCAGAUGAAGAAAAGUCACCAGAUAACGAGGAAGAUAUAAACAUCAGCGAGAUAGAAAUAGAGGAAAAUGAGGAUGGUCAAAUAAGAGGUUAG